AUUGAGGCUUCUUCCAAGAUGGCGGAGGGCAGGGAGGGAGAUCGAGAUGUCUGAAUUCUGUUUCAAAGUGAAAAGUGAUUUAAAUAGGGAAGAGAAGGAUUACGUAACUGUAAAUGGCCGUUGUGGGAGAUCCAGCUGUGGAGAAUGGUCCCUGUCCACAUCUGGCCAUCCUUUAAGCUGAGUGCAUUGUGAUUUCCAAUAAUUGAGACAGUGAUUCUAAAAAGCUGUCUACAUUAAUGAAAAGAACAAUGUAGUCAGCUUAGCGUAUUCAACACUGUACGUGAAUACAUGUUAUGAGUUGCACGGAAUGUACUUCUGCAUGUAUGUGUGUGAGUUCUACGCUUAUCGUCGAUAGACAGAUUUAGGAUCCUUACUUUGUCCCUUUAGCGUAUUCUGUACUUGAGUCAAUAUUAACUUCUCAAGUAGCGAGGGAAUGGAGACAAAGGAGCCCUUACCCCCGCUCCCAUUAGAGCCACCUGAUGCUGUGAAUGUGGAGCGCCUUAAUGUUCCAGCACCUCCACCACCUCCCCUGCAAACGUCCAGUGACGCAGAGGAAAUGGACGUUGGCUCUGGUGGUGAUGGACACAUGUACACCCCAGAAGGGGAAAGGGGAUCCGUCGAGGAGGCUCAGCUCCUCACCAAAGGCUCUGCCUCCUUCAGUAGCCGUCUCCCGGAGGAGUCUGACGCCAGCUCCCCGAGUCCCAGCACGGCCCGUCACGCUCCUCCAGUCACAAAGUUCCUCCCCGACCUGAAGUUACUUAAAGACGUUAAGAUCAGCGUGAGUUUUACAGAGAGCAGCAGGAGCAAAGAUAGGAAGGUGUUGUACACAGGUACAGGUGAAGAGGCAGGCAGCCAGGGUGGCCUGGAGGGCUUUAAUGGUGAGUUCAACGAGAGCCCGGAGGAGCUCGGAGCCACGUGCAGGGCAGGGGUCGCUAAUGGUGCCGGGAGGCAGGGUGAAGAGGUGGAGGCAGAGCAGGAGAACAGAGUGGAGUUUGCAGUUCUGGACGAGCUCGAAGAUCUGACUCACAACUUCUUGGAGGCCGAAGAUGGAGAACGGGGAGGGUUCAUAUCUGAGGUCAUAGUGCAGCGAGAACAAGCAGACGAGGAAGGCCUGAACUACUCCUAUGAGGAGGACUUUGACAAUGAUGUUGAUGCACUACUGGAGGAAGGCAUGCCUGUGCCCAAGAAGAUGCGUCUGAUGGAGGACAAGUUUGGUGGUGACAGUGACCAUGCUUCCGAUGGGGAGAGUGGGGUCCAGCCCAUGAUGACCAAAAUCAAAACUGUUCUUAAGAGCCGCGGACGCCCCCCCACAGAGCCGCUCCCCGAUGGCUGGAUCAUGACAUUCCAUAACUCCGGCAUUCCAGUAUACCUUCACAGGGAAACUAGAGUUGUUACCUGGUCUAGACCCUACUUCCUUGGAACAGGAAGCAUCAGGAAACAUGACCCACCGAUCAGCAGCAUUCCUUGCCUGCACUACAAGAAAAUGAAGGCUCAAGAAGAAAGGGAACAAAAUGGGGAGGUCACUCCAAAUCAGGAGUCCUCCCUGGAGAAGGCAGAACCAGCAGAGCGGGCAGACGAGCCAGAUUCCACUGCCCCGGAAGAGUGUGUGGUUGGAGCAUCUGGCGAUGGCAGUGAGGGUACUUCUGGUGGCACAGAAGCCUCCGCAGGGGAGAAGGAAACUCAGAGCUGUGAGAUGGCGCAGGGAGCACUGGGUCAGGUCAAAGCCAAGGUGGAGGUGUGCAAAGAUGAGUCUGUUGACAUUGAGGAGUUCCGUGGCUAUUUGGAAAAGUGCUUUGAUUUUGAGCAAGUGACUGUGAAGAAGUUCCGCACGUGGGCCGAACGUCGGCAGUUCAACAGGGAGCUGAAGAGGAAACAGGCCGAGUCGGAGAGGCCCAUCCUGCCAGCCAACCAGAAGCUCAUCACGCUCUCCGUACAGGAUGCUCCUACAAAAAAGGAGUUUGUCAUCAACCCAAAUGGGAAAUCUGAAGUGUGCAUCCUUCAUGAAUAUAUGCAACGUGUUCUUAAGGUUCGACCUGUUUACAACUUUUUUGAAUGUGAAAACCCAAGUGAGCCCUUUGGAGCAUCCGUCAUUAUAGACGGAGUCACAUAUGGGACAGGAACUGCAAGCAGCAAGAAGCUAGCCAAGAAUAAAGCUGCACGAGCAACACUGGAAAUCCUCAUUCCUGACUUUGUGAAGCAGACCUCUGAGGAAAAGCCAAUUGAAGGAGAUGAACUAGAGUAUUUUAAUCAUAUCAGUAUUGAGGAUUCAAGGGUGUAUGAGCUGACAAACAAAGCAGGCCUGCUGUCACCAUAUCAGAUUCUUCAUGAGUGCCUUAAGAGAAACCACGGGAUGGGUGACACCAGUAUCAAGUUUGAGGUGAUUCCAGGAAAGAACCAGAAGAGUGAAUAUGUCAUGACUUGUGGCAAACACACUGUGCGGGGCUGGUGUAAGAACAAGCGAGUGGGGAAACAGCUGGCUUCUCAGAAGAUCUUGCAGAUGCUGCACCCUCAUGUAAAGAACUGGGGUUCACUGCUGCGGAUGUAUGGCAGAGAGAGCAAUAAGAUGGUGAAGAAGGAAAAUUCAGAUAAAAGUGUCAUUGAACUUCAGCAGUAUGCCAAAAAGAACAAGCCAAAUCUUCACAUCCUGAACAAACUGCAGGAGGAGAUGAGGAAACUGGCGAGAGAGAGGGAAGAGACGAGGAAGAAGCCAAAAAUGACAAUAAUGGAGUCUGCGCAGCCUGGCAGUGAGCCCCUGUGUACUGUUGAUGUUUAGGAGGAUAUUUUCAAUUGAGUGGCACUGGCACAUGAUACCGAUUUUUCCAUCAGAAUAGAAAUG